AUUUCCGGUGCCGCCGUUGCUCGUUUUAGCAACUUAACAAGGGACGAUGAGACGCUGCCAAGUCUGACAACAAAAUAUAAUUCGGCUUACGUUUCGCAUACAGGUGAAAAUACACAACCAUGGGGCGUUAAAUCGAAGGGGCAAGACUCGGUUUAAUGCCAGCUUGGUGACUAAAGUCGGUCUACUUUUCGCCGUAAAGCCGAAACGCUGCGCCCCAAAACACAAACGGGUCUCUGGACCCUGGAGGAGCUACAAUGAGCGACAGCGAGGACGCCGACGAGUCGCAGGACAGGCCCGACAACUGCACCGCUUCCGACCAAGGCGAGGACCCCGACAUCGAGGAGUCAGACUGUGGGGAUGACAGCCCCCGGAGAGUCCCCGCUGCCCCGGUGGACAGCGGCGGUAGCGGCGACCGGGACGGGCGGGAGCGAAGUGCGAGCUCCCCGGCGUCCGAGGAGCGUGAACCCCGCUGCCAGACGGCCAAGCCGCUGCGGAGCGGAGGGAGCAGCAGCAGCAGCAGCAGCAGCAGCAGCAGGACUAGCCUGUUCUCCUGGCUGCAAAACAGGACUGUGAGAAGAGGGAUCUUUGUGGACCCAGCCAGGGACAACUUCAGGACGAUGACCAACUUGUACUGCUCAAUGAAUCCGGCUGCAGACUCUGUCAACUUGAGCACUCAGACUCACGGAGCUGUGUUCAACCUGGAGUACUCUCCUGAUGGGUCUGUGCUGACUGUGGCCUGUGAGCAGACCGAGGUGCUGCUGUUUGAUCCCAUCUCCUCCAGGCACAUCAAAACCCUGGUGGAGGCCCACGAAGACUGUGUCAAUAACAUAAGGUUUUUGGACAAUCGUUUGUUUGCCACCUGCUCGGACGACACCACAAUUGCACUAUGGGAUCUGCGGAAGCUGAAUUCAAAGGUUUGCUCUCUGCACGGCCACGCCAGCUGGGUGAAGAACAUCGAGUACGACACCAACACCCGUCUCCUCGUCACGUCUGGCUUUGAUGGCAACGUCAUCACGUGGGACACUAACAGGUUCACAGAGGACGGCUGCCCGCACAAAAAGUUCUUCCACACCCGCUACCUUAUGAGGAUGCGGCUGACUCCUGACUGUUCCAAGAUGCUCAUCUCCACUUCUUCAGGCUAUCUGCUCAUCCUCCACGACCUGGACCUCACCCAGUCCCUCGAGGUGGGCAGCUACCGCAUGUUACGAGCACGACGGACUCCCCUCAGCUCAGAUGGAGGCACAUCAGCGUCCAGGUCGACUGGGACUCCUCGACAGGGAAAUGACUCCAGCAAAAUACACCCUCACAGAGAAGGCCUUUCGCCGAGGAACAGCCUGGAGGUUCUGACUCCUGAGAUCCCCGGAGAGAGAGAACGAGGGAACUGCAUCACCUCCCUGCAGCUCCACCCGAAAGGCUGGGCCACGCUCAUCCGCUGCUCCAGCAACAUGGACGACCAGGAGUGGACAUGUGUGUACGAGUUCCAGGAGGGGGCACCUACACGACCGCCCGUCUCCCCUCGCUGCUCCCUCCGCCUCACCCACUACAUCGAGGAGGCCAACGUCGGCAGAGGCUACAUCAAGGAGCUGUGCUUCAGCCCGGACGGACGCCUCAUCUGCUCCCCAUACGGCUACGGGGUGCGCCUGCUGGCCUUCGACGAGCGCUGCGGUGAGCUGGCCGACUGCCUGCCCGUCCAGACCAGCUGCCUUAGGGAGGUUCGCUCCAUCUACUCGCACAGCGACGUGGUGCUCACCACCAAGUUCUCCCCAACACACUGCCAGCUGGCCUCGGGCUGCCUGAGCGGCCGCGUGGCACUUUACCAGCCCAAGUUCUAGUAUUUGCUGCUGUCAAAAAAAGGUCAAUACACUGCAGAGUGCAGACCUGGGUAAAGCAGUGGUUGCAAAAAUCAAGGUUCCUGCACAGGUCUGGAAUGUCUGGAAGUGUCUGGAAAGGGAAUUUACGAUUUCCUUCUUCUUGAUUAGUUCAGAAAGUGCACAAGAAAGACUGUGGUCAUGUCACGUAUGCAGAUAUUUGUUGCUGUGAAGAAUAAACUUUAUCUAUAUGGUGAAAUGGCAUCGUUAGCGGGGGCAAGAUGACUGUUGGCAUAAAGCAUUAAAGGCAUUAAAAAAAAGAAAUUAAGAUUUGGUUAUGAAGUGUGAAACUUUGAAAUCAAAACUGUGCAGGAACCUUGAAAUAAUUCCUAGCAUUUGUUUUAAAGUGCUUGGUGGACCAGAUGGGUGGUUUUUUUUGUUUUGUUUUGUUUUUUUUUUACAACAGAUAAACAGAAAUCAGACAAAGCAGAAAUUGUCAGGCACGGUGUCUGUCACAGUACAUUAGGAUGCUAAACUGACAAAGACUGUUUCUUUUCUAAGCUAUUUGGCAGUCGCUCUGUGUGGGAAAACCCCACUCAUCUGGCACCUACGGAGGAUAAAAGAGACCGUAAAAAUAUUUGCAAAUACUGUUGGGCCCAGGUCUGCAGCUGUGUUUCAGUCUUUGGGUGGGAACCAUCAGCUGACAGCCACUGAACUGAAGAAAGAAAAGAAGAAGGUGAAAACUUAAGAUUUACUGACUGUGGCCCAGGAUGGAAACUUUAAGCCUCUCUGACCCCGAACUUAGAAAAAGAAAGCAAAAGCAAAGACUUCAAGGUAAAAUAUGGGGGACUUUGAAGAACAGCGAAACACUCCCACGGCGACUGAUGAGAGGACUGAAAGUGCAAACCUCAAAAGUCCUCGAUUGCCGUUUCCUCGAUUCAAAAGAUGCAACGUGGCAUCACUCAAAAGCAAACUGAUGACUUUGUAAGGUUGUCUGUUGGUCUUUUUCAUACUAAAGAUUAAUUUUGGCCUAUAACCAGUAGAUAACUUUGAGGCUUAUUUUGAGACUUUAAGUAACACAUCACGAUGUUCCCCCCCUCGGGACAAAAACACUAAAGAUGCAAAGGACAGACGUUAAUCGUAACCAGACAAGAAACGGGCAUGCUUGUGUCGUCUUGCGCUGUCAUGGAUCGUUCCUGCCCGGCGUCCUCCGGUAUGGAUCGAGUCGCCGCGAGGCGUCCGCUCUCGGCUGAUCUGCUCUUCUCAAGCCUUUUCCAUAGGUGCUGCUUCUCUGCUCAUACAAUCUGAACUUUGACCUUGACUUCUUGGACCUCAUCAUCAAUGCCUUUCCUCUGCGCUCAUGGACGGUGACCUCUCCAACCUACUUUCUACUUUUCCGUUCUACAUCCCCGCCUCAGUUUCCCCCGUGGUUUUUAAUGGGUUUUUAGUGCGUUUAUACGUGUACGUCCAAUGAAUGUUGCGGACACUGUUCACAGCGCGGUGAAGACGUGUGAUUCGUUUGAUUUCCACAGUUGCUCGGUGUCACCGCCUCUCUAGGAGAACUUUUAUCACAUUUGAAAACACUUCUCGUCUCUCACUUAAUUUGUUUGUCUGUUUUUAUCUGAACCUCUGAAUGGAAACCUUGUGUUGUCUUAAAAACAGGAAAAAAGCCCAUCUGCUGUCAGUAAAUUACCAUGUUGAACUUUAGAAUCGAAACAUCUCAGCUUUCAAAACUCCUUGAUUUUUCAAGACGCACCAGUAGGAGUUGAUUUUCAAAAUAAUGCAAAGAUUAUCCCUAAUAAUAAGAUUAUCCCCUCUUCAAAUGACCACCGAAUCACCUGAUCUUUAUAGUGUUACGUUGCCGACACACACAGGGCAACUUUUUGGCCAGCAAUGCCAAAGGAGUUGCUUCACCACGGUUGCUUUAAUCCUCCAGGACGUUACAUUGUUGCCAAGAAACUGUUUGGUUAGUUUUCUGACCUUGUAGCUCCUUGUGUUGGCUUUUUGGAGAGAGUGUUGUCCAUCAUCUCUGGCGUGUAACCACACUAAUCCUCAUUACACCCAUUUCCGAUUUUGUUGUCAUGAUGGCCGUCCAGACUUCUAACCCAUCGCCUCUGAUGUCCACAUUUCACACUUGUGUUAGCGCCGCCGUUGCGUUUGUGUUUGCUCGGGAAAAACCAGUGUAGUAUAGCUACUGUAGGUCUAAGAGCCAAGCAAAUGCCUGGAUAUUACACCUUUUUAAUGUAAGACGGUUACAAUACAUAGUGACUGAAGAAUAGAUAGUAAUGUACUGUUAAUGUAAACAAAAUGAUAGACAUGAACCUAUACUACUAUGCAUACCAGCCUUUAUGAAUAUCCUUUCUUAUUUAUGUGAGGGUGAUGCUCCGUGUUGAGUCGUCUCAUGCCAAAAUAUGUCGAAAGAUUGUUUGGAUCGGGUCGAAGUCGCUCUUUACCUGCUUUCCUCGCGCAGUGAGCCGGGAACUAAAAGUGACCAUCUGGUAUUUCAAUUAAAAGUGAGUUUUGUAUCAUUUAGCCAAUGAGCAAAUCUUCACACGUGACAAGUUCAAUUUUUUUAGAACGCUUAAUUGAGUGGAAAAAAAAAAUAGGAAAAUAGAGGUGGCAGGUGAAAAGUGAUGACACUGUAUAUGUAAGAACUACUCUGAACACAGAUGGGACCUUUUAUUUCCCGGCUCACACACAGCUUCAUCCUGACUUGGUCCUGUAUGUAAGAAGGAAGGACGCUUUUUUUUCACACUUUGUACCUCAGUUUCCUGCUCAGAAUGCAUCGUGUUCAGUUUUCUGUACCACAAAUUGGGUCAGGACGCUUUCAGCUCAUUCAAUUCACGCCGUCUGUGUUUUCUUGCAGAGUAAUAACGUAAAGGUGUGCUUCUAACCAGUAACAAAGAAAUAUUUGGAACGCUGUUUCGUUAGUGAAGGGCAAUGUCAGUGUUUAGUUUGAAUUGACAGAACUGAAAGUGAAUCAGGCCCAGCCAUGCUGUAUAUUCAGUGCUGCUUUUAAUCCACUUAUUCACAAGUUUCUUGGUGAGAAGUGUCUUAUUUGCCAUUUUCACUCUGGGCAUAGCAACUAAAUACUGGGUUCAUUGUUUUUUUGUUUUUUGUUUUUUGUUUCUUUUUUUGUAAUGCAUUUGUUUAUUUUUGUCCAUUGUGUUCUGGUUUUCAAACUUUGUGAGAUUUAUUUAGCGUUCUUAGUUGUUUUGUCGUUGCGGGUGCACUGUCGGUUCGUUUGAUCGCAGCUCAUGGGGGGUGGAAGAGAAAUGAAAACAUGUUGGAUGCUCGCACUGUUGUUUCCUAAAUGGCUAUCAGUAAUCCCAACAGUGAUACUAAAAUGGUACUUAUUAUCAUUGAAAUAAAAAGUAGCUUUUUUUGCACUGCU